GAACUCAGCCGUCAACGCUGGGAUACGUAGUGCGCUUGCGCAGAACGGGCGGCGGAAGUGGGCAGCUGGUUUCCCAGAAUGCUUUGGGAGGAGGAGCGAGAGCAAAGAUGGCGGCGAAUCCGAACUCUAUCAAACCUCUGUUUGAAUGUCCGACCUGGGCAGGCAAACCCCCUCCUGGCUUGCAUCUUGAUGUUGUGAAAGGAGAUAAACUUAUAGAGAAGCUGAUCAUCGAUGAAAAGAAAUACUACUUGUUCGGGAGAAACCCUGAUAUGUGCGACUUCACAAUCGACCAUCAAUCUUGCUCCAGAGUUCAUUCAGCCCUAGUCUACCACAAGCAUUUGAAGAGGGUCUUUCUUAUGGAUCUCAACAGCACCCAUGGCACUUUUCUUGGACAUAUCCGGUUGGAGCCUCACAAACCACAACAGAUCCCCAUCGACUCCACCGUUUCUUUUGGAGCCUCGACGAGAAUGUACACCCUUCGAGAGAAACCACAGACCCUUCCAUCUGCCAUGAAAGGGGAUGAUAAAACUGGUGAUGAUGAUGAAUUGAAAGGUCUCUUGGGCCUUCCAGAAGAGGAAACUGAGCUUGAUAAUUUAACAGAAUUUAACACUGCCCACAACAAGAGAAUAUCAACACUCACUAUUGAAGAAGGCAACUUGGACAUCCAGCGAACACGAAGGAAGAAGAGGAAUUAUCGCGUUGCCUUCAGUGAGGAUGAUGAAAUUAUAAAUCCAGAGGAUGUAGACCCUUCAGUUGGACGUUUCAGAAAUAUGGUACAGACAGCUGUUGUUCCAGUCAAGAAAAAGAAAACCGAACACCCUGGAUCUCUCAGCCUGGAAGAUUCUGUUGGUCGGCGUGUACAGAACUUUCCAUUUUCUGGGGGCUUGUACGUUGGACUUCCUCCUGCCCAUUCUGAAGCAGGAGGACAGGCACCUGGCAGCCAUGGCACAGCGCUAAUUGGUGGGAUGCUUUUCCCUAACUUGGCACCGGAAGUUGACCUUACUCCAACCACCCCUACAACUGCCCCUAUCACAGUUGCUCCCACUGCAUCAAGCUUUGUUGCUGAGACUGUCAAUGAACCCAAGAAGAAGAAAUAUGCAAAGGAAGCUUGGCCUGGGAAAAAGCCUACCCCUCUUAUUUAAAAGACCUAAAGUAAACUGUUUUGGAAUAGAAACUAUACAGAGGAACUUUUAAAACCAGUGGAUGUUUUCAUUGUAACAGAAUUCAGAACGGUCAUUUCCUUUUGCAAUUGCAGUGCAGGCAGAAAGUAGGAUAGGCUUUUUUUUUUCCUAUUUUAGAUAUUUAAGCAUACCUGUCAAAACAAAACACUCUGCUUGAAGUGAGCACUCAGUAUGUCCUUCUGAUAAUGAAUCUGUUACACUGUAGAACAGGGAGUAUAUGGACACUUCUAAAGAUCACUCCACUAUGUAUUGUUCAGCACCUAGGCAAGAGUCAUGUGGACUGGGAGUCUAAAAGAAGCUAGGCCGGAGUAAAACUGCAGAGAAUUCUUCCACCAAAGAAGGAAUGAACAUGUGUACAUAUUUUCUGGGAAAUGGAGACCUAUAAGAGUCUGUACAUUGAUUAUGGAUUUUUGUAUAUGUUAAGUGAUUUUACAACUAUGUAAAAUGAAAUUUACUAAUGUCCUGGUUUUGUUAUAUUUUAGUGUUUAAUACACUGUAUAUAUUCCUUUUAAA